AUGGAUGAUAUUUGUCGACUGUGUUGUUCCACAAAGUUCGUAAACAAUUAUAUUUUCGAUGAGGAGAAUGCCCUGUACCUCAAGAUGUCCCUAUAUUUGCCGAUAAAGGUGUUCAAAAACGACCGCCUGCCACAGAAGGUGUGCGACCGCUGCAGCUGCAAAGUCAACGAUAUUUACCAGUUCUGCAACGAGACUAUUGAAGUUCAAAACAGGUUGCGCGCCGUGUUAAUUUCCUCCGCCUGUGUCGUCGAAGACUCCAUCGAUCUGACACUUAUUAAACAAAAUGAUCUCUCCCCUUUGCCCCCUGCCAUUACAGAAUUGGGGAAUGAACGAAAGCCAGAUCCUAAUGCUGUUUUAUCAGAACAAAGUGCACAGCAAAUACCUAGUUCAGCACUGACAAUUAGUGCAAAGCAAAACACAGAGCAGUGUAAACCACAACUACACGCAGAGAAGACUGUGCAAUCACAAACAACCGUCUGUCACCAGAGCACUCAGACUGAUAGUGAGAGUUUAAAUGCAUCUGCACCUGCACCCAAUGACAAUGGAUUAAGCAGUCCACAUUUGUAUCAAAAUGUUAGAGUGAAGGAGGAACCAAAACACAUUCAGGUCAAAAUUGAGAACGAAGACCCAUCAGAAGACGGCUUCUAUCCUGGAUUACCAUCAGACGGUAGCGAAGAUGACAUGUCACUUAUUCAGUUUAAAAAGAAGAAGAGUCCAAAAAGUCUUAAAAAGAAUGGGCAGACUCAAAAGAAGAAAAAGAAAAGCAAGAUAGAGGACUGGGACAUGCUGAUGCGUGCACUGCCAGAAGGUACUGCACUAACAGUGGUGGAUAACAGUGCGAGUAGUAUGAACGUGGAAGUGAAGCAGGAGCGGUUAGACGGGUCGAAAGCUGUGAAGAGUGAGCCUGUGGAGUACCACUGCUGUAUCUGUUUUGUACAGUGUUACAGUCGCAACGAGAUGCUGCAGCAUUACAAAGAGCACGGCGCGGAGGCGGAGUCGCGGCCCGCGCCCGCCGACGUGCCGCCGCCGCCGGACGCCGCGCCGCUCAAGUGCCCGCGCUGCCAGAAGGUGCUGCAGAAGGACUCGUGGGCGGCGCACUGGCGCCAGCACUGGGAGCGCGACCGGCGGCCCUACCGCUGCGCGCUGUGCGAGAAGGCCUUCCGCGACCACCACCAGGUGCUGAAGCACGGCCUGACGCACGAGCCGCACGAGCGCGGCGCGGCCGCGGGGCCCGCCAAGCGCUUCGUGUGCGACCUGUGCCCCGAGGGCUUCGUGUACAUGCGCUGUCUGCUGGCGCACCGCACGCGCGCGCACCCCGAGGCCGCGGCGCGCGCGCUGGCGCUGCGCUGCGUGGUGUGCGCGCGCGCCUUCGCGCACCUCAACUCGCUGCGCCGCCACCUGCGCGCGCACUCGGGCGAGCGCAACUUCCUGUGCAACAUCUGCGGCAAGGCGCUGUCGUCGCGCGAGCACCUGAAGUUCCACCUGCGCAUCCACGCGGGCUACAAGCCCAACGUGUGCGGCACGUGCGGCAAGGGCUUCGUCAAGAAGUGCAACCUCACGCUGCACGAGCGCGUGCACUCGGGCGAGAAGCCGCACGUGUGCAGCCACUGCGGCAAGGCCUUCAGCCAGCGCUCCACGCUGGUCAUCCACGAGCGCCGCCCGCCGACUCCUUCCGUGCGUAGGUACUGUAACGUCAUUCGCAGAACGGUCACAUUGCCGCGCGCGCAGCUUCUGUCGCGACCGUUGACCUACCGAUAAGCGGGAGUCGGGUCCGCGCUGAAAAGUGUCCGAGCCUAAAGGGCGUUCAAUCGCAAAUAGAGCGUUCGUUUGGUCGACCGGCGCGGCGGCGCGCUUGUCUCUCCAGCGACGCUCUAUAACAAAAACUUGUAAAAAUUACAUAUAAAUUACGAAAGCAAUCGAAACAAUCAAAUACCUAACUGUCCUUAUAGUACACAUCCCACACGCACAAAACAAAAAGAGACCAAAUGCGUCAAUUUCAAUUAUACAAACCACUAGUAAUGGAAACAUUUAGAACAAAUUCUUAUUAUUUUUCAAAACAAACGCGCGCAGCCUGCGGCGCGUAGUCGGUUUUAGAUUACGGGGCGCGCUUUAGCUCUUCGGUGGAACAACGGUAGAACUAUGAGCCAAUUAAGGAAACGAACAUUUCUAAAUUAGUAUUGCUCAGGUAUUGCUUUCAAAGUUAUCGUUCUUCUCAAAUUCAAAUUCAAAAUAAUCUUUAUUUCAUAGGUAAGCAUUAUUACACUUGAAAUCGUCACAAUGGUUAAACUGUACCGCUCAUUCGUAAGGCAGAUUCCCCUAAGAAGAA